CGUUGAGAUUUGCAAUCGCGUCAAUUACGCCUUUUCAACGCCCCACCCCUUAAUCACGUAUCAUCUCUCUCCUUUCCUCCAUUCCAUCCUUUCGACUUUCCACUCCACUCCAUCGCCGUUCUUUGAAGCGCCAAUCCUCCAGCAAUUCUUCGUCGGUGUUGACGCGACCACUCUUCCGCGGUGACAUGAGUUCUGCGAGGCGAGCGGGCCAAGCGGCAGGAGAGUCAUCCGGAGACGGUUGUUAUUUGAUCAGCGAAACGUCUACGAAAAGGGAAAUCAGUAGACGAUGGGGAGUCGAGUGGGAAGAGGACAAGACUGGCUGGAAAGCCUUCAACAGCUGCUGUUGGUGUCCCUGUACAAGUCAAGAGACCUCAAUUGAGAACCAAGAGAACCACUUGUUUUUUCCAGCGCAUCCUGAAGUCUGUAAACGAAAGGCAGAAAACUGUUGUUAGGCAGCUCGACUUCGGUGGACUACUCGACUAUAACGUGGCCUCUGUUCCGGGAACAUUAGCGUAUUGGCUAUUAGAGCAUUUUGACCACCUACGGUGCAGUCUUAUGCUUCCUAAUGGUGUUGAGGUAGUUGUUGACACGAAGGACGUCGAGCUUAUUUUUUGUUUCCCAAAUGGUGGGAUUACAAUUGAUCGAUGCGACAGAAACACAGGCAUCAAAUACCUGGAAACCGUUCCACUUGAUGAGGAGGCUGAUGUGAAUGUUAUGCAGACAAAGGUCCUAGAAACGAAGAUGCUAUAAGAAACUGGGGGGGGCACUUUUUAAGAAAAUAUUCCUGUUAUUGCUGGAAACUGCUCUCAUUGAGACCUCCCCUUGUGGCUAUGUCAGACCACGGAUUGUUGACAUUCUCGGUGAUUUGCAGAAGGUAAAGAAGCACAAUUGGUGUAGGUACUUUCUAGAAAAUCUGUUGAGGACGCGCGAGCUGUGUAAGAAGAACAGAUCCAAGGUUUUCAGCGGGCCAAAAGUUUUCCUAGUGACCUUCUACGUCGAUCUCGAGUAGUGCAUCGUAGGAGAUGUGUGGCACGUGCCAUUUCUAGAAUAAAGGGAUGGACGUCCGAACUGUAGAAAGAGAGAGAGGACGAGGAUAUGAAAGAAGUUGGUUUUGGUCUUGACGAGUGACUUCACAGUUGGAUGAGAAUGAAAUGGGUGGUGCGGAAAUGACAACAUGAGUGCAACCGCCGGCUACUGAAGAUGUUGUUGAACCGUCGGCCACUGAAGAUGGUGAACCGCCGUCAACUGAAGAUGUUGUUGAAGAGAAAUAUUCUUCGGAUGAAGUAGUGUAUAUGAGGGGUGUUUGGGGGGCAACCAAACACAUAGGCGACAGUUUCAAGAUGCUGGCCAAGGAAUUAAAUAAAGCUCCUCCAGAAAUCAAGAAGAAGGACAGCUUUAGAAUAACGUGUGACACUCUCUGGAGGGCGUUUAGGUUGGACAAAAAGGACUUUGACCCUGUGGAGUCAAUGACGCAGUCGCAGACUGCCAAUUAUAGUGCAACGGAAGACUGGUCAGAGUCCUUGAAAUCUCUGUUGGACGCGGCUGAUGAAAUGGAAAUUCUAGAAAACAAAGACGAUUACCCAAGCUUCAGCCUUGGGUUCGAUUCCAGCCAGGAUGAUGACGCUUGUCAACCUGAAGCAGAACCUCAACUUGAGACAAACAAUACAACACAUGAUGAAGAGGGUGAUGCGUCGGAGUACGAGCUAAGGGAGCCAUCCGACCUGGACGUGGAGAGAGAGGACACUGCUGAUUUGGGAGGUUGCGGUCUGGAAUUGAUUGUUGUUAGUGACAUUGGAAAAGAGUUGGCUGUCAUAGAGCCUGUGGCUAGUGCACAAGUAGGAACAGUUGUGAAUGAGGAGAAUGCAAUCGAUGUAGCUAGUGCUAUUGCGCGUGAUGUUGUGUCAAAGCACGACGCCGUAGACGUAGCCGUUUGCUUUGCCGUGGAAGCAGUCCUGGAGCUAGGUGAUGCUGCUUUCGAAACACAAACAGAUACGGUGGGUGCUGAUGCAUGUAUAUUACCUGUACGUUGAGAUGCAGAGAUGCCUCGUGAACAGAGCACGUAUGCUGAAAUACAACCUGCUCCAGCAAGGAGUCUCAGACUGCCUACAGGCAGAAGAGAGGGUGCAGCAUCAACGCGUAUCAGCCUAACAUGGACUCGAGAAUAGAGGGAUUGUUACCAAUUCUUUCUUGCGACACCCUACAUGUGGACGGAUCAUGUUAUUUACGCUGACGAUGUUGUGAAAGUUACUAAAAAGAAAUUUAGCUUGUUGAAGCCACACGAGGCUGUUCACGCUGAAGUUAUCGAUAUUUGGGCUUCUUAUCUGAAUGGCAUGGAGGUGCAUAAACCAACACAGAAGCCCAGCAGAUUGUUUGUCACAACGGCUGCGACAACAUACAAUGUGGUUGAACGGAGAGCUUGUUGGGAAAAAUCUAAAGCUGAAUUAACAUUCUGCGAUGAAAUAGAUGGUCAAUUCAACAGCGCUGGAACUUUUGACAUCACACUUUAUGAUUUGAUUUUUUCCCUAUAUAUUCAAAGAUGUAUUACUAUUUGGUGUGCUUUUCAUUGAAGACUGGGGUUGCGGAUGUCCUAGACCAGGUUGUGCCUGAGAACGGUAUUCCAGAUCGGGCCAAAUAUGGGAGGGACUUGGAUCUACUAAGGGAUUGUCUUGGUUUUUAUCUCAAGUCAAAGGGAUUCGAAAAACUGUCUGAGAUCAUAAUCAAGGAGCGUAGUAUGCGCUUGCUGGAAUUGCCAUGGAAGACGACUCAAGCCACUAAUGACUCGGGUGUAUUCCUGAUGCGACACAUGGAGACUUACCUGGGAAACCCGACCAAUUUAAUGACAAUGGGUCUUCAAGGAGUUAGUGUGAGGCUUCUGCAGAUUCUGAGGGGGAGAUAUUGCAAGGACAUGCUCCUUGCACCGUUCAACGAUUGCAGAGAAAGAUUCUCGUCUUACAUUAGUCAUUACAUCAAUGUGACUCCCAACUUCUGGACAGAUUAUGCGAGGCAUGUUAAUGGAAUGUUGAACAUGGCACCCCGCAACGAGCAACCCAAUAAGCCGGCAAGGAAGAAAAGCAAGAUAACUUGAGUAGAUUUGGAAUUCACUAGUAUCCGUUUAAAUGAUAAUGGUAGUUGUUUGUAUAUUGGUAUUCUCCUAGAGAUGCUAAUGUUAGUUGUGGGAUACUGGUAAUUGUUAUUUUGGCUUGUGGAGGUCUUUUUUAUUUAGUGAAGCAUCAACAUUAAGAAUAUCUUUCAUUUAAUGAAACAUGUUAUUGAUGUCC